AUGGCCACUUUUGGCUGGAGUUAUAAGAAAAAUGCAAGUGGAAGUAAAAGACCUCGUGAGCAAUCAAGACAACUCGAGGAAUGGCAAAAAAACCGCCCUGAUACCAGCACAAAACCACUUCAUCCGCAGUCGCACACAGCAGAGACCUUGACAGCUGGCACACCGCAGAAAAGAAGGAAAUGUGAGUGAUGCGCACAGGGUAAACAUAACCUACUGGUAAAAGUAAACGCAAACCAUGCAACGCCAAUCAUGCAUACUAGAAUAUGAAUAUGGUAAUAUAUGAUAAAAAUAUGUAAGUUUUAAGAUAGGAAGAUUAAAAUUAAGUCCUUACUGAACUAAAACAUUAAUUAACUACAUGUACCACCAUACCAUACUCAUAAAUGUGCUUCACUUUGUGUGAUCUUCUAUUCUGCUAUUAUGUGGUAUGUAACGCAAUGCUUCCCCUCAAAUAACAGCUGUUCACAUUCAUACUCUUGCUCUAAAUUUGUGUUUGCAAGCUGUUGAUGAGACCAAUCAUUUGUCAGCAAAGUGAAAAUUUCACUGCAAAUGUAAAAUUAUAUGACUGGUGCAAUGUUUGUUGCAGUUACACAGAUGUUACUUAUAGUGGGACCGAGAAAACCUUGAACACCUGAAAUAUGUCAGGAUUGUAUUUCUGUCCAAUCACGUGUCCAAAAUCCACUUGCCAAACCGCAGAGUGUUAACUGUUGUUUGUGUGGGUAAUUGAUAUAAGUUGAGCUAAUUCUUGUCGUUAAACCUCUGAGACUACUCAUAAAGAAACACAACAGUACAUGUAUUUGUCCUUUCACCGAUCACUGGUGGCGUGCUCCAAUACAACUGUGGUGCCGUUGCUUAUUUCGGUAUUUAUUUACUACUCUGAAAUAAAACAAGUGAAUUCCACAAAUUAAAACACAGGAAUGAUUUAUUGAUCACUCAAAACCUGUCACAGCUGACUCAACAGUAAGCCGAUACAGGGGUUUUAUUAAGUAUCUGAGAUUGGAGAAUUCUCUGUUUACUACGCAUAAUUCUCCGGCUAAAUUUCAAUGAAGUAUGGCUAUUUUUUAUUCUGAUGAAUCUGAUGUGGACACGUUAUGUAAAAAGAAAUUAUUCCCAGAAAUGCGUAAUUUUAGUGCUUAGCCACUUGCUUUACAUUAAAUUACGUUACAUAAAAGGUCUUAUUGAAAUGCUAGCAGUUUUAAGCCCAACAAAACUAACAGGGGACGUGUAAAAUACAUGUAUCAGGUGGUUUGCUGAAGCGUGGAGAAUUGAAUGUAUCCUUAACAAUUUUUAAUUUGCAUGUGAAAAAUUAUUAAACAAAUAAAUACGAAUGAAGCAAAACGUGAAACAAAAUAAAGUACACAAUGAACAAAUCGUAGGGGCAAAGUUACGACGAGAAAUGUUUAAGCGAUGAGAAUCAAAUACCUUUAUGAAUAACAAGAAUGAUUUCUUUGUGAACUGCUAUGGAAGUAAAUUUGGCGUUGUUUAUGAUAUAUAAAUGACAGAGUAUGUAUCAAAUUACUAUGAAACAAAAUAAUGCAGUUUUUGAGCUUUUCUAUUUUAACGGUGACUUCUAAAAUGGCACAUUAUAAAUUGUAACUGGAGAGGAAACAAAGGAGAAAUUUGUAUAUGUAAUAGGACUACAUGCUGUCCAAUUUUGAAAUAAUUGGAUGAAAAAAAUUCCGAGGACAGCCAAAAUUGGACGAGGCCGUAGGCCGAGUCCAAUUUGGCUGUCAGAGGAAUUUUUUGAAUUCAAUUAUUUCCAAAUUGGACAAGCAUGUAGUCCUCUUACUUAUUAAUUAUAUAGCUGGUUAGUUAAUCCAGAUUUUUUAGUAUGUCACAGACGCGAAACAUUGUACACUCGAACCCGCCAGUAGUGUAUUUGAAACAAAAACACACUGGUUAUUCUUUACAAAUAAACAAACGUAGAACUAGUAAGCUUAUUGCUCUUUCAUACUUUGGCAUUUGUAGUCAAGUGUACAUUUGAAAAAGCUCCUUCGAUGAUACGGCAAUGAUACGAUGGCACAGGUGAAAACCGCAAUUUCGAGUACAAAGCAACAAUGCAAAUGCUUAAGCUUAAUUUACAUACGAAAACUAUUGAAAUAAACAUUUCAUCAUGUUCAUUCAUUACCUCAAACGAUUCCUCGGCACAAACUUUGUCCGUUUGUUUUGUAAUGCCAACGUCUAAACACAACUAUCAGUGUUUUCUUAUUCUUGUCCAAAGUUUCAGUGCUUCUACAUUUUCAAGAAUCGUUGAUUGUUUCCAAUACAAACUUUCAUCAGUUAAGUCAUACAUUUUCCUUUUUAAAUGGCGCAGACAAGAAGCCAAAACAAAACAGCAGCCAACGAGCCGUCAGCGAACGAGACUUUUUUUGGCGCGUUGUCACAAGGACUUUGCGCUGAUUGGCUAGUUUGCAUUGCCUAUUGUAUUUUCUGGCAUUUGAUUGGCUCAGACCAGCUGUCCUAUUUUUCUUAAAUUGGACAGUUUGCCCAUUCGUAAAAGAAAGUCCUAUCUGAAACUAUCCAAAUUAAUCCUUAAUUGGACAGUUCGUAAAAAUUAAAGGAUAAUAGCUUUGUUGACAAUAUCAGAUAAACUAACAGCUAUAUAAUUAUCAUCGAUACACAACAAAUCAUCUGUUAAACUGGACAGGCAAAGUUUUGUGCUGAGAGCGAAUAUUUGUUAAAUGUGUUCUGUCUAGCGCAAGCACAUGUGUUGUCGACAGAAGCGGGAAAGGUUUCUCAUGUCUCGCGUUUUCACUAUUGAAAACAUCCUUGAAAUAUUGAAUUGAAGUUAAAGUGUAUUGAGAAUUAUUUCAUAUUCACUCUUUGGUAUGUUGGUAUUUAAUAAGAUAGAUCCACAAGUCAUAUCUCUAGGAGUGUGUAACAGGGUUAGAAGUCGAUCAUAAUAAUUUAACAAUAUGCCUGUUAAUUCAAAGAAAAAAUGUUUUGAAACCAUGUAAAGGUAUGCAGUGUUUUUUGUUCGGCAGCUACGAGAAAUAAAAUUUGCUACCAAACAACAGGAAAAGCCAUCUCAGCAGGGUUUAAAAUGCAAAAUUUUCAGGCUCAUUUUCAAGCUGUUUCCAGGAAAGGGCUUCACCCUUUCAAAAUAUUCCCCUGUUACUUUACACUAUUCUCCUGCUACUGCAAUUCUUAUUGAAACCCCUGUGAUAUUUCGGAACCAAUUUUUCCAUAUUUUAACAUCAUUUUAAGGAAAAUUUAACCUUUUCCCUUCUUUUGAUUUUGCUUAACGCGACCAAUAUUUUUAAUGGUUUUUUAGUCUGCCGUUUUGGCAAAUGAAGUCCUCAAACUUGAAUGGUUUAAAACAACAAGCAUUCCUGGUAUAUUUUAGGUGUUCGCAGUUUUCUCGGUUGCACUGUAAAUGGGGAAGGGGUCCGAGCAGGAAUUGACCAUGGGAAACAGGAAAUGAAAAAUGGGAACAAAGCAGAUAGUUGGAAAUGAAGUUGCUAACAUUUGCUGCUGGAGACGUUUCGCGAGGAGGAACAUCUGCAACUCAGCAACAGAAAUUCCCUGCUGAUGAUGUAAAUCAAUGUUUACAUAAUAAAUCCAGUAGUCUUGGGGUUCCAAAUGCAAAUUUGUUCAACUUAGGUUUCUCCAAGUCGAUUUUGAUAAAUAAUUGCGUUUAUCUGCAAAUGAGCUCCAACAAAACUCAAAUGCUUCUUCUAGAGAAGAAUGUUUUCCACAAAUAUUGACUGUUUUGUUAUUUUGCUUUUUUCUGUCAUUCAUAAACAAUAGCAAAAACAGGUUUUUUAUGAUGUAUUUUUAGUUUUUAUAUGAUGUAUAUAGUUUUCUUUUGCUUUUGUUUAUAGUUUCUAGGUAUCUUAGAUGUAACGCGCAUUUGAUCAUAUUCGAAUGUUAAUUUGCGCGCUAUAACAAUGUAACUACUCUGUUGUCCAAUAAGCGCUUAUGACUGGAUUCUGGACAGACUUUACAUCAUCAGCAUGGAACUUCUGUCGCUGAGGUGCAGACAUUCCUCCUCGCGAAACAUCCCCAGCAGCGAGGAGCAAGAAAAAAAUGGCUGUUUUUGAAGGCUAUUUUCAGGGUUUCUGAUUUUUCUUCUGGUCACAGAGCCACAACAACAUAGUUGAAAUUUAUCUCAGCUAAUGGGGCUGUUUACUUAUUGUAAACUCGCAAAUUUAUCUUGCAACUUUGUCACUGAAACAAGCAAACAACGUCCUGAAACUACCAGGCACGGAUUAUGUUGCGAAAAACUGGGCAGUAGCCAUGAUGUUAAAGGCUUUGCCAUUGGUUCAUUUCUGGAGUGUAUUGUUGUUGAAAGAGCAAAAUAAUGAUGACGUCUGUUAAAAAGACGUUAAAAGGGCUGGUCUGAUCAGUGCAAAACUGAUUGAUUUCUAGCAAAAUUUGCCUGAAAAUUCCCACAAAAUUGGCCGUUUUUUACCAAUUGCUUUUCAGCGAAGUUUGCCCGGAAAUUCCCUGCGAAAUAUCCUGUGAAAUCGGCCAAUUUCUGCGAAUUUGUCCCUCAUAAUCCCUCGAAAUGUGACUUUUUUUCUGUGACCUAUCAGAAACUUGUAUUAUUGCCAGGGCCAGGGUUUAAUUAAGGUUUUGCUCCCAUUUUUCACUUUCCUGUUCCCUGCACUCGUUCCCUGCUCUCCGUUUCCUGUUUUAGUACUGCACUAAAAAUAAAUGUAUCAAAUUCAACUGAGUCUAGUAUGUUGUAGCCUGCGAGAGCAUCCAGUUUUUUUCGACUCAAGUUUCUAGUUUCACCUGCCGAGAGAAGGGCGGCCGGAUGCUCUGGCGGGCUAAGUAUGUUGCUCUGUCUUGUGAACAUGAACAUAAUUUUUUUGUUCUAUCAAUCAUGGAAAGCUGAAUGCAUGAAUGUUAAUAUUCUCCCUCAAAUCACUGGUGAUGGCCCUUCUUAGCUUCUCUAUUUCAAAAGUUUUCCAGGGUUGCAUGGCCCCAGACCCUAUUUGAGGAAAGGGGAACUUCUGCCAGGUGCUAACAUUAUAUAGCCAACUGCUUUAAAUCUUACUGAAGGAACUGCCAGAUGCGUACCUGUAGGCAAUUCUUUUUUAUGAAAAACAGUUACUGAUACUAGAGAAGACCUCUGAGCUCGCUCAGAACAGAUGCUUCCGCUAGCACUCUGCGUGAUCGCUAUUGUAUCUGAUGUGAGACUAGUUUAGAUCAUUUUUUUUGUUGACAAAUGGGAGACAAAGUAAAUGCAUUAAGAAAAGAAAACGGUGAUUGAAAGAGACAACUGUACCAGUAGUGUCUGUAGUCAUAACUGUGUUGUCAUUGUUACUACUUGCAUUAGUUCAUCAGUAGUCUCAGUUUUAGUUUAUUGGGUCUCUAGUCACUUUUAGUUGUAUUUAUUUCCUGAAAACAUGACACGCCUAGAUUAGCAUAGCUACUCCAGGGCAUGUAAAUAAUUGUAUGUCAAUCUUAAAAACAAAUAAAACGCAUGUGAUGUAUGUAAAAAAGUGUUUGUAUAAUUGUAUUCUGAAUCUGUUCCUCAUGUUAAUCAAAUUAAUACUAAAAUUAUAUGCUUAGCAAUUUACUAAUAAAUUUUUUCAUUAAAGAAAUACAAAAGAAACAAAGAAACAAAUGUAUUAGAACACUCAUGCAGUUGAAUUUGUCCUUUAAUUCUUAAGCUCAAAAAUUCAAAAUAAAGCUUGCUAAUGGUGUAUACUGUUACAUCUCAUUAAAAUCAUGAUUGCCUGCUUUGUCUUUAUAGAUAAAUAAAUUGAUGCCAAAAGGUCUAUUAAAAUAGAGCCCUCAUGACAAAUAUUUUUAUUUGGAACAUUAUUAUUGAUUAUCGGUGUGUAACUUUCAGUCAUUGUUUUGUGUACAACUUAGAUGAUCCAAGAGCCAAGAUCUUUGUUGGAAAUCUUGACUGGAAAACUAAAGAAGGUAAAGACUUAAUGUUCAAUAUUAAUCAUAAAUAAUUAUAAUCUUUGUGGUAUUUUGCAUGGGCAUAAUGUAGAGAUGACCAAGAUUCAUCCACGCAAUUGCAUGCAUUUCCAUAGCAUCAAAAAAUAAUUUUAUAUCAUUCAGGCCGUUUUAUUUGUUUGUUACUGUUGGAAUUGCCAUAGGAGAUUUUAGAUGAUUCUCUUUUGUUGCAGUGGAAGAAACACGACUGUGUUUUGGUUUAGUCAAGGUAGAAGUAAAAUGGAUCAGGAGCAGAAAAAUAAAACCUCUGAGACCAAAAAUUUUUAAUGAAGGAAAAGUUAUCAUAGAGAUACUAAAAAGCCCUACUGUUUUUAAAGUCUUUUAACUUCCAACAUUCUCCACCAGAAUUCUACAUUUGUCUGUAAAUUACCCAAAUUCACUGUUUUUAUUACAGUAAUAAGAUCAUAACCAUCCUUCACACCAAGAUAUACCCAAACACCUGGCCCAAUGAGUUUCAACAUUUCACUGUACAAUAAUUGCACCAUGUUUGUCAUUUGUCAUGUUUUUUAAUGUGCAACAGGCACAGAUCCACGCAUGUUUUACAGAAAUCCAUCAGAUUUUUCAUAAUACAGUGUUUAACAAUAAUACGUGAAAAACUUCCCAAGUUGAAAUUUGAAAAAUGGUUUAGAUAAACAGUUUUUUUUUCCAAUUUCCAGGGAUCAGAUGCCCCCCAGUGACUCAGAAACUCAGGAAAGGGGACUUCAGGGAGUUAAAAUCCAAAACAAUUCCUGGGCCCAGAGUAUGCCCUACAAUCCCGUAGAGGCUUGUGCCUUCAGCCCUUGUUUAGAAAAUCAGUCAGUAUUUAUCCUAGAUCUGCGCCUGUGCAACCCUCAUGCACAUCUACUGUUGUCCCACAAAAAUGUCCAUACUGACUCCCCAGCCCUUAAAUUCUACCUUAGCUUCAGACUUUCCUUUAAAAACGUUGGCCUUUUAAGACCACCACUCACCUCGUCUCCUCCCCACCCCACCCCACCCCACCAUUGGAAUUUCCAAUGAUCCUCUAUGGGACAGUUUUGGACAAUCGCUGAGUAUAAUACUCAGUUUUAAACAUCCAUUUCCUUCCAAUAAUUUUACCAGACUGAGUUUAUCUUUAUUGUUGAUGUUAUAUGUGGCCAUCAUGGACAGGUUAUUUAUUUUGAGACAUGGAAUGGAAUUUGCCAUAUGCAGUCACAAAGAAAUGCUGAUUUUUAUUUUAAUAUGUGGUUCACUGACCUUCACUUGACAAAGUGUUUCAGUCUCAGUUUGUAGAAUGGAGUCCAUAAUAAAUUAUUAUUUAUGACUUCACUGUGAUGCAGAAUGCAUGACAUGGCUAAGAGUCAAACCUAAAGAACAGUCCUUUUUUGAUAAGCUAUUUUAACUUGUAAUUACAUUAGUAAGGAAAUCAGUAGCUCUUUGAAUUACUUUUCAGUGACCCUGGCAGAAUAUUUUUCCACCUUUGGUGAAAUAGAAGCUGUCAGAGUAAGUUUUGUUGUUUUUGUUUUUUUGUUUGCUUGCUUGUUUUUUUUAAAGAAACAUUAGUAAACUUUCAAUCUGUGGACAAUCCUUAAUAAUUACACCAUUCAAAUGAAAUGUUUUCAGCAGAGCUUUGUAUUUUCUAGCAUUUUACAAAAAAACUUGACUUUGUGUGUAAUUUUUUUCUCUGGCCUUUAUUUCAUUUGUACGGUGGCCCACAACGGCAAUACACAAAUAUAUAUUAUAUUACUGCCUUCUAUAUCUUAGUACACAAACAUAUUCAUUGACUGUGCAAGUAUAUUUACCAGUACAAUAAAAUAUACACCAGUACAACAAUAUGUAUCCCAGUAAAGAAGUAUAAAUUUCAGUACAAAAAUAAAAGUUUCGGUACAGAAAAAUAUUUUUUAAAAACUUUGGAAAAAAUCGUUAGGUACUUUAUAUAUGAUUAUUACUAUGUACCUAAAUAUAUACAUGUACUAGGGUAUCUAAGAGAUAGUAAUGCUGCGGCACAUUCUGUUGAUACUGGCAUUAGUUAGGCAGUGAGACUUAAAAGAAUCGAAAAUGACAUUGAAUGUCCUAUUCACAUGUUGGAAAGUACUAGAAUAAUUACUAUCAGUCUAUAGAAAGAACUUGUGGGAAGUUGUUUAGAAAAUGAUCAAGUAGUUACAACUCUGGUUUUCCCACCGUAAAUUUUAGGAAGUAAUAGAAAUUCAGAUUGUUUAUCCAUAUAUUUAGUAUAUGGUGCACGAUAUUUUCUCUGGAAACACAAUACUUUUCUUGCUGUUUGUUGCACUUUAUUAAGUAACAGUUAUUUAGCUAUAUAUUUAUAGAAAACAGCAAUACAAAAAACAGAAAAACAAAGAAAGAAGAAACAAAGAGUUGGGUGGGACUCGAACCCUGCACCUUCAGCUUGACGCGACUACACUUAACCACUGCACCACGGAAACUGAUUACGUAAUCUUCAGGAAAAGUCUUUCAUUUUAUUCCUUUUCUAUGAAACUUCCGCCGGCAAGAUGAUUGCCAGCCGCAUCAACUGAGCUAUUAACAGUGAAAAAAAAAAAAUGUAAACGCAUAUUCCAUGGCAAUGAAUGAAAGAAAAAACAAUUAUGUUUUUCAAAACGCCGAUACACGUCCUCAUCUGCAAAGUAGGACACAAAACAUAUGUUUUGUUAUCUCGAUUUCCGCUGUUAUUUUGAAGCGAAUGGUCAAAAUCUCAUCCACUUUCGGCUCAAACAGUUUCUUAGGAAUAGCACUGCAUGACAUUUUCUCACUUUCUUAUCACCUUCUAGCAAACUGGAAUUUGUAUAUCCCCCCGUGUUGCGGAGUCGAAGAGCAAAUGCUCAUCUUCUCGUCAGGUUUAACACCUGGACGAGUCAAAGGGUCUUGAAUUGAAAUCCAAUCCCCAAGUUAACCAUCAUACUCAUCUGAAAGACUCCUGCGUGCCUUAAAAUUUGGUGAGACCUCUAACCGUGCUGUAGAAAAUUUGCCACAAAGAAAACUCUAAGUCUGAGCCGGCGAACGAUGCACUCUCUCACCCACCGAACUUCCCCGUGUUUUUAUUUGAGUUGUUCGUGGCGCAAUGCACUCUGGUUAAAUGCAAUGCAUUGUGGUAAAAAGUGAAGUGUGGUUAAAUGCAAUGCAUUGUGGUAAAAAGUGAUGAAUUCGAGAAUUCGUCGCCCCUUAUAUAUUUCCUUUAAUUCCUGAUUAUGUUGCUGCUCGCUCCCUUCGGUCGCUCCGCAGCAAUAAUACCAUUCACCUCUAUACAUCACCAUAUACCUCUUUUCAUCACCAUACACCCCUAUACACCACCAUAUGUCCAUGUACAACACCAUGCACCUCUAUACCUCGCGAUAUACCUCUAUACAUCGCCAUACACCCCUAUACAUCACCACACAUCCAUGUAUAACACCAUACACCCCAAAACAUCACCAUACACCUAUGUCAGCACCCAUGUAUUAUACCAUGCACCUCUAUACAUCACCAUAUACCUCUUUUCAUCACCAUACACCUCUAUAUAUCACCAUACACCCAUGUAUAAAACCAUGAACCCCUAUACAUCACCAUAUACCUCUAUACAACAUCUUACACCCCUAUUCAUAACCAUACACUUGUAUACAAUGGUCAUGUGUAUAGGUCUAUGGUUAUGUAUGGGGGUGUAAGGUGAUGUAUAGAGGUAUAUGACGAUGUAUAGAGGUGCAUGGUAUUAUAAAUGGGUGUUUGGUGAGGUAUAGAGGUGCAUGGUGUUAUACAUGGAUGUAUGAUGAUGUAUAGGGGUGUGUGGUGAUGUAUAGAGGUAUAUGGUGAAGUAUAGAGGUGUAUGUCGUUAUAAAUGGGUGUAUGUUUAGUGGUAUUUGGUGAGGUGUAGCGGUGCACGGUGUUGGAUGGUGAUGCAUGGGGUUGUAUAGAGGUGAAUGGUUGUGUUUAGUCGAGACAAUCUAUAACAAUGAAAUAUAUAAGGUUUGUUUAGGUACACUAUAAUAAGCAUAUGUUUAGGUACAUGGUAAUAAUCAUAUAUCAAGUACCUACCGAUUUCUCCAAUUUUUCUUUUGUAAUUUUUCUGCACCGAAAUUUUUAUUUUUGUACUGGGAAAAAUAUUGUUGUACUGCUGUAUAAAUGAAUGAAGAAUAUAGUCGCACAACCGAAGAAUAUGUUUGUUCUGGAACUUAUGUUUUUUUACUAAGAGAUUGAUAUUUUUUUUUCACUGGAGCUGUUAUGUGGUGUACUAAGAACUGGAGAUAUCUUUCCGUACUGGAGUUUAUAUUUUUGUACUGAAAUUAACAUUUCUGUACUGGGACACAUAUUGUUGUACUGGUGUAUAUUUUAUUGUACUGGUAAAUAUACUCACACAGCCAAUAGAUAUGUUUGUGUACUAAGAUAUAGAAUGCAGUAAUAUGAUAUAUAUAUAUUUGUGUAUUGCCGUUGUGGGCCACCGUACAUUUGCAAUGAAAGGUUCAUAAAUAAUGUUUAUGGUGCAGUUAUUUUUUUAUCUCAGGUAAUUUUUAUUUUUAUUUUUGUUUCAACUUCUUUAGCAUACAUUACCAUACCCAAAAACAAAAGAAAAAUAAAAAUUACCUGAGAUAAAAAAUUAACUACAACAUUUACACAUACAUCUGCAUGUAAACACCACAAAAAAAAAUAUAAAUGAUUACCAUUUGAACAUACAGUACACUUAAAUCUUUUCUUGACUAGACAGAAAAAUGUUGCAUGUAUUGUUAUUAUUGUUACUAUUAUUGUCACCAUUGAAAGUGAAGAAUGACUAUUAUUAUUUUUAGUGGAAAUAAUACACAUUCAUUUCCUAAUAGUAUAAUGUUAUAUAUUUUGGUUAAAUUUUAUCUGGUCUGUACUAGAUAUUCAUUUUAACUCGUUGACCAAAUUAUAGUACAAUUUUGUUUUGAUUAACUUUGUAACAAUUUAGGUAGUCAAGGAUCAUGAAACUGGUACCUCACGAGGAUUUGCCUUCAUUACAUUCUCUGAAGCUGAAUCAGGUAAAUGGCACUAAACUGCAAUUCAAACUAUACAUGGAUAAUUUUAUACUACCAUUCAUCAGAACACAUCCUAAUCUGGUAUCCCUGUGGUACAAAGGCAGAAAUUUUUGAGCUAUCACAGGUGACUACUGAUUUGUCGCCCCUAUUAAGUUUAUCAGGUGCUUCUCUGCUGCAGGAAAUUGGACUCCUUUGGACUUGUUUGAUGUCAUGAUUGUAGAAUAAGACGAAUACGGAUCCAUAAUCAAUGAUUAUUACUAGUCAAUAUAGUCAAAUAUGAUUGUGGCUUUUACUUAACAAUCAUAAAUGUUGCUUGUACUUUUAGUGUUUUCAACUGUCUUUACAGUGCACCCCUCUAUAAACAGUGUAGGUUAACAUGGAGAUUUUGUAAGAACAAUAGUCUUUUCAAGAAAGGAAAACCAAUUUUGAUAUAAAAUCUGGUUCCUGCAGCUGUUCAAAAGGUGCAAAGUGCUAUCCACUGAGUAAAUCUUUGUUUAGUGGAUAACACUUGGUUUCCCCAACACUUAUGUGCUGGCUGGUGAUCAUUAAUCCAGUAGAUAGUACUAUCCAAAACAUGAAAAACCAGGGACUGAUCAAUACACUCCACCUACAUCAACCUAAACUGUGAGUAGUCCCCAUUUUCCCUCAGGCCAUGGAUAGUAGAGCAAGCAAAAUGCGUGUGUGCAUAAAAAUCACCCCACAUGAGAAAAGCGAGACAGGGUGGGGAGAUCAAGAGAGAGACCUAAUUUUUCUCUCUCCCCAUUGCGUCUUGCCUUUCUUGCGUGGGGUGAUUUUCACUCGCGCUUGCAUUUCGCUCGCUCAAUUACUAUCCCAGAGGAAAAAUGGGGAGUACUUGUAGUCUAAUGUAACCAUGCUAACAUGGACUACAUUCAUGAAAAUUAGCAUACUUGUGCUGCGAUUAAGUUCAAUUUAUUAUCUUAACACAUGUUAUGACCGGCCACUCAUAGAAAUCAAAUUAACUCUCUUAAGCUCUUUGGACCAAGUUGAGUUUCAUAGGCAGAGCGAGUGCUGUUCAUGUGUGACUUUUCAGCCCCUCCAUAAAGCAGCAAAUUGUAAGUAAUAUCUUUGAUACAUUUUGCUUUGUUCUUGCAGCAGCAAAGUGUAAAUCCUGGUGUGCUUAUAACCAACUGGUGAGUGAGUUCACAAUAUCAUAGCAUGCUUCUAGUUUGCAAUAGUAGUUUGUUCAUCAUUUGCGCUUUUGUUUGGCAGAAAAUUGAUGACAGAAAUGUUACUGUAAGAACAGCAGAGCGGCGACAGGUAAAUUUAACUAGUCAGACUUGAGAUGAAAUUUCCCUUUUUUGCGUUGCGUUGUUUGUUUCCUGAAAUAGUCCAUUUUCGAGUCCGCUAUGACCGCUGAAUUAAAGAAGUGAAGACACAUUGUUUACAGGCUUAGCCUCCAUCUGAAGUAAUAUAUUCACAAAUUCCAACGAGAAAAAGACCUUUUUAUUUCUCUGUCUAUUGUGUAUAUUCAAAUUUCAAACACUUACGUGGCAGAAUUUCUGAAUGUUUUACUUUAUGUCAAGGUUAACCCUGUAUAAAAGUGUCGUUUAUGUUUGUAUUCAGCGGUAAUUUUUAAUUCGAAACUGGACUAUUAUGUACAACACUUUACUCUUUGGGCUUGAACAAAUUGAGGGCAAAUCCCAUGUUGACCUUUGGAUGAGCAGUUGUCACAUUUUGCUUGCUCGAGGUCACUCACAGAAUGCAUCUCUCAGUAAAGGAUUUAGUAAAUAGAAGAUGACGUACUGGCUCUUGCCCACUCGGCAAGUGAGUAUGAAAGUUACAGUACUUGCCCAGCCGAAAAAUCUAGGGUGCUUACCAUUUACACAAGCCAUCCAGGUGGAAAUCUUGUGUAUAAACAUCAAACUAUAAAAUCGGACGUGAUGGGAGAAUGACCCGCUACAAAGUAGAUCAAAAUAUUAAAAGUUGAACAGACUAAAAAGAGUGGAAAAAUUGCAUUGCCUGAAAUCACAGCCCUUAUUUUCUGAAGCGUCCCAAACGAAAUGGUGUGAACCAUUUGAUUUCCAACAGGAAUUUCUGGUUUUCCCAUGUAAAUGGUACAUGUAAGUACCCCAUAGUUGUCCCAGAUUACUUGACCGGACUUUUAUGAGCCUUGAUACCUAUAGGUUUUGUUCUCAAAUUUUCUGUAUAUCUGCAUUGUAAAUGUAGAUCAGUACUAGCCUUUUAUAAUAUUUACAGGUUUUCUCUGAUUUGUUAAUUUGCUUGUAGCGUUGAUGAACUAAUAAAACUGUAUUUAACUGUCACAAUUAAGUUGUAACAGGAACAAACUCCCUUUGGAUCCCUCCCUGACCAAAAAAUCUUUUAAAUUUUUUUUAUUAUAAAUAACAGGAAAAUUGUGCUAAGAUGAAACCCUGUGGGUUAUUAUUGCAUAGAUGUAUUUUAUUGAUUAUUAAUAUUUCAUCUCUAGGUAUUCAUAAAAUGCUGUUACAUGCUGCAGGGCUGUCACUAAGGGGCCGGGGGCCAGGGGUUUCCGUCGGCUACUAUGAGCACGACCCUCGGCUAUUUGCUUAGGAAACAGGGAUAAGAAUUAAAUAUCUCCCUGGCUGUUCAGUUCCCCACCUACUAACUGCAUAUACCCGGCAACAUGAAAUCUUUGUGACAGCCCUGAUGCUGGCAUUGGCCUGCAGAUGAAGUUAACUCAUGCAGUCUGUAGUCACGAGCCUUUCUUUCAGAUCAGUUAGGCAUAACCUGCUUUGAAAACUUCAGAAUGAUACUUGAUGUUGUGUUUAUAGCCUCAACAUGUACAGGAAGAAAAGAAAAGAAAAGGUGUUGAUGACAACAAUCCAACUCUUUACUGGGAAUAUAAAUGGGCUGAAGAUGAUAAUGCGGAGGUAAUUUAUGAAACAUUUUAAUCAUUUUACUUAUUUUUAACGACAUGAUCAUAUAUGACCAUUUGUAAGUGGUCUUCCGAGCCACGUGAAGAUCUAGCCGUGUACAGCCAGGGCAAAGGAGGAACUUUCAUUUCUCAGUUAUUUUAAGACCCUCAAUAAACCCUGGCCUCCCGUUCUGCAGAUCAGAAUUGAUCUGAUCAUGUGGAGUAUAACGGGGCUGAAGAUGAUAAUGCAGAGUUAUUUUAUGAAAAAUUUUACUCGUAAUUAAUAUUUAAUCCAACGAUAGGAUCAUAUCAGUAAUUAAAAAAUAUAAUGGAGGACAAGAGGGUUGUGUAAACGUUGUAGCGUUGUAAAAUAGAAUAUAACGUAAAGAUUACACGCCAUUUAUGUUCUCGACGUCAUUUUACAGGUGUAUGGACCGUAUGAGACCAGCUUGAUGUUGCAGUGGUCAAAAGCUGUGAGUACACUUUAAUUUUUCGCCUGUUAUCCAACGCCCGCCAUAAUGUUGUGUUGAUGGCACACAGACAGACAGAAAAACUGACAGAUUGAUUGAUUCACUUUUAUUUGAAUAUGGUAAUUUCAUUUAGUUACAAAACUUGUUUACCUGAAAGCCGUAUUGAAACAGAUGUAAAUACUAAUUUAGAUGAAGAUAUGAUCAUCUCAGUGGCAAUUGAAAUUUAGGCAAUUGCAAGUUAACCUGAAAAACAAAUUUCGGGAUUUCAACAGCAGUCGAACCCAUGGCAGCGUACAAAGAAAGUAGUGUCCAAUAGCCCGGGGCUAGUGGAUUCUGUUUUUAACUUGCCUGACGGGCAAGUGAUGUUUUUUGAAGAAUUCGAAUUACAGAAGAACUGUGAAAUCAGUUGAUUGGGGCUAGUUGAAAUGAUGUCUGGGCUAGUAAAUGCUAGCUUCAGCUUGCCCGAAUGGCAAACUGUAAAAAUGAUCUUCUUUGCACCCUGCAUGGCCUCUGUGUUGCAAUGCUCUACUAACUGAGCUAUGAGGACCCAUACAUUAAGAGCUCUUCAUUCUGUUUCAUUCCUUUCACGGGUUAUGAUGAACUCCACAAAUUGGCCUGCUCCCAAUAGAUGGGCCUUCAUAGCUCAGUUGGUAGAGCACUGCAGCGCUAACGCAUAGGCCUUGGGUUCGAAUCCCGUUGAAGCCCCGAAUUUUUGUGGGGUUAAUUUGGAAUUGCUUAAAUUACAAUUACCACUAUGACGAUCAUGUCUUCAUUUAAAUUUGUAUUUCCGCCGUUCACAUCAUCCUCGAAGUAAAUACUUUAGAAUUACUCUAAAAACAAUAUGUACAGGUGAUUUUUUCUUUUAAAAAAAGCUUUAUAUUCGGAUCCCCUUUGGUCAGUUACCGUAAAUCCUCUAUUAAGCUCCCCCCCUCAAAUAAGCCCCCCCCCCCCCCCCUUUCUCCGCCGGACAAAAAAUAAAACCCCCCCCCCCCCCCCUAUUUUUUUUUCCCAUAAAGUGCUAAACCUUCAUAAUACAAAUCAACUUUCAAAUAUUCUGUUAACUUAUUCUGGAGGGAUGGUAUACUCUCUUAUAUCUCUCAUCUGUAACCUUUAUUUUCGGACCCCCUUGGGUAAGUUCCCGUAAACCCUCCAUUAGGCCCCCCCCCCCAAAUAAGCCCCCCCCCCACCUUUUUCAGGGGAGGAAAGUAAAUAAGCCCCCUCCCCUCCCCCUUGUUAUUUUUCACUAACAAGUGAUAGACUGUAUUAAUCAAUCACGACUUUAAAACUUCGUGUGGACUGAUCCGGGAUGGUUCAUUUACCAACUUGAAGUUCGGAUUCGUUUUUGAUUCUCAGCCACAUGACCUCUAACUUCUUGUACUUGAGCUUUUCCACUUUGUAUUCUAGUUCUCUACGGAGAACUAAUACCAUCGUCUGGGUUAAAUGAAUAAGCCCCCCGUCUCUAUUAAGCACUCUUCAAAUGUGUUUGAAAUAAUACAGGAUUUACGGUAGUAUGAAUUCCACAGCAUGAGAAAGAUCCUUUAUAAUAUUCUGUCUUUGGAAUAUGAUCCAGUGCAACAUUAUAAUAUGUGUUUUUUAGCUUCGACUAAUAAUAAGUAAGACUAAUAACAAGCAACUAGGUAAAUUUCGAUUUACUUUAUCAUACUUUAAUAGGCUUAAAUGCCUUUGCCAUCUUGGGGCAAGCUCCUCCCAGGUUGACUGAUUUCGUAUUUCUGCUGAACACACAACGUAACCUUGGAAGGUUAUUAUGCUUACAGCACGAUCAGAGCAGUAAUUGCACAAUCAAAUCUCAAUUGUUUUCUCAGACUUUGUUAAAAGUCAUCUUCAAAUGUAGAUCUACCUGUAACGAAAACGCUGUUUCAAUUUCUGUACAGAAUGUUAGGGCCUUCAUCCGCUUUUUAUUUAUAUUUUAUCUCAGGGCUAUUUUGACGCAGGAUGCUGGGUACGACGAAGCGAGACAAAUAAAAGUGGCGAGGAGAAAAAUGAACCUAACAUGGGAAGGCUGGUGGAUCAGUGUUACUCGGACUCAAGCGACUCAGAGGAUGAAGAUACGACUGAGGGGGACCACCCAGGGAAUAUUUUUGUACAUGUGUCUGAGAUUGACUUCUCAAUCUUUCCCUAGACGUACACGUUAUAAUUCAAGAUACUUUGUCUCAGAUUCAUGACUUCCAAAAAGGUAUCUGCAAGAGACUGACAACUGAAAUCGGAUCCCUAAAAGCAAGGAAUCUAGCGCAACAUAUUUGUGUUCGCGUAAACACACUCUUUUGAGCUGGAACAUGGACAGAUCAGCAAAGUAACCCCCACGCCCCAGAUCCAAGAGCUACGAACAAGAAUACGGACAGAAUCGAGUCCUUCGAAAGCGAUAGCACAUAGAAAAGAAACUCCGGUUGAAGAUCUCUCUCACUUCAGCUGGCAGUGUUUUGGCACUGACACUUAAAAAAGUGCUGCGUCAAAUGUAACUACACUGUAACAAGUUAAAUCUACUGACUGCUUCCACCUAAAAAUGACAAUAGAACAUCUUCGAACGUAACUGCUAUGAACCAUUUUUACAUAGUGCACUUGCAGGAUUUGAUGGUUACUUUCGUUGAAGUAACGUGGGAAUAAUUUCUGGUAGGUUUAAUAUUGUCCUGGCAGUUAUUUCAAGAGAACUAAGAAGGCAAUGUUCAAUUAUAAAAAUCGUAUUAAAUGUAGCAGUUUACAUUGCUGAUGAUGUUAUUUGUAGUGCAGCAGUCACUCUGUGUCCGUAUUUUUCACUAGGUUUUCUCCUUUCCCUACUGGAUUAUUGUGUUAUUUGUUCCAGUCGCAGGGGCGGAUCUAGGGGGAGGGUGCAGGGGGUGCACCCUCCCCCCCUGAGAUGACCUGCGGUUUUCUAAUACAACUGGUAUUCUGCAAAAAAAAAAAAAAAAAAAAGGGGGAUGUGCGUAUUUUUCGCUGGGUUUGUUCCUUUCCCUUCUUGAUUAUUGUGUUUUUUGUUCCAGGCGCAGGGGCGGAUCUAGGGGGAGGGUGCAGGGGGUGCACCCGCCCCCCCUUAGAUGACCUGCGGUUUUCUAAUACAACUGGUAUUCUGCAAAAAAAAAAAAAAAAACUAGGUGGUUUAUUGGUGUUGAAGUAGAGCAAGAGACGAGUGCACCCCCUCCUAAAAAAAAUCCUGGAUCCGCCCCUGAGUCGAGUGGAUACAGAAUCUCGAACAAAUGUCGUAAAAUUUGUUUGAUGUCUACAUGCAUGCAAACGAAAGUGUGAGAUACUCAGUAAUACAGUACUUCCAGUAAGAGGAUCUUGAUGAGCUUAAUUCUUACUCGUAUGCUAGUAAAUGGAAAUUUGCUAAAAAUGUGAACUUUAUUGUUUUCCUUAAGUGUGGCUAAGGAUUUAGAAUGAAAAUGGGUCGACGAUGUUGACAUGCCGUCAGAGAUAUGAGCGUUAUUAUGAAGCCUUCAAAGACAAAAUGCAAAACAGGGAAGGUAAUUUGCAAUUUGGCGAACACGAAAUUUUUCUGCUAUUGAUUAUCAGUGACCAAAGGCUCUUGAUAUCGCAGGAGUUAAAUCGAUUAUUGAAUAGUUCUUCUUUCCUCAACCAGAAGAAUUGCCUAUCGCGCGAAACGGCAAUUCGAUCUUUGUUGUCUUGAGAUGGAUCACGGCAAAUCUGAGAAGAGCCUUCAUAAAAGGAAGUGCUUGUCUGACCUGUUGUCUCCACACUUGGUCAUUUUUGUGGGUGUUGUGUUGGCUGCCACGUGCGUUACUUUGGUGGUCUUGAAUGUUCGAAUGAAUCGACGUAUUUCUGCGUUCAACGACACUUUAGAGGAGCUGCGUCGAGAAGGCAAGAAAGCCUCUACUGUUAACGAUUCUGCUACGGUGUCUUCUAGAUUGGGCACUAGAGGAAAGAGGGCAAUUUCAAACACAACUCCCGGUCAGAAAUCAGAUGUUGAAAAGCGAUUGAAGGCUGUGGAAGAAAGGUGAGUUAAUGAUAAUCUGAAGUUAAACGCUCCCUAAUCUUAGCAUUAGAUAUCGAUGAGUCAGUUUUCGUAGAGAAUAGCUUGGAAAUCAGGAUGAUUUUAAUAGUAUGACCAUUAAGGGGAGAGGGUCAGUGUGCCUUUUUUUGCCUUAACAGACUCUAAAUUUACGCGGUAAAGAGUUAAGUGAACUUAUGAAGAGAAAGGUAAAAUAAUUAAGGCUAGGAAAAGAAAAGAAAACUAAAACGUUGGUUCCUCGAAGUUUUCUGUCAAGAUGUCGUUAACAAAUUGGGUUGGACGACCGCCUGGCCCUCAAUUACUAAUAAACAGUGGCGCUUCGCUAGAGUCGUCACAAUAUAAUGACCUGCUAGCAAGCUCUGUUUUGUUAAACAAAGAAUUGCAACUGAGAAACUUAAAAUUCUCAUUUUAUAUAAAAUUAUGCCAGAAAUAUCACUAUGCCACUGAUAAAAAGCACGUAAAUUGGAUUUAUAAAAUUUGAUUUCAAACAUCCGCUGCCUCUUCACCUUCAAUGUUAUCAAGUUAACUUUUUUGGCAUAGAGCUUUGUUCGCAAGAGCCCGGUGGGAGUAUUCCUGGGAAAUCCUGGUAGGGGUGUGCCGCCCGUUUCUCCAAGUCCUGACCCUAUUUCAGACCAAAGAAAAAAUGUUAUUUUCCGCACCCGUCUUCACACCUUGCGUCUAAAAUCCAUACCUAUUUCCAGACCUAGCCUUUAGGCACAAAUAAUGUCAUCAUUACUUAGAUUAGAACCCUAACAAAAAGAUUUCUUUAAGUCCGUUUCGAAUUCGCAUAUUUCUUUUCCUUUCUUAUUCAUUUGGAAUUGAAACGACAAUACCUUCAUACACUCCCGUUAUUCCCACGAAAACCAUACCCGAUUCGAGACCAAAAUGGUAUACAGACCGACCGAAACGGCGCACUCUUUGGGGCGGCACAAACAUAUAUGGCUUAUAUAAGGGAGUAACACCCCCCACCCGCACCCCUUGCGGCGGUGCAGGAGAAGUAACGACAUCGAUAUGAGAACGGCAAGUUAAUAAUAACAAUAUAUACAAGAAAAACACCGUGUAUGCCUCAGGUAUGACUGGAUCUCGGAACGUAAGGUCUUACUGAUAUUAACGCAAAAUCAGUCGAAGCCUGAAAAUCAGCGAAAAACGUGAAGACGUGCAUGACAUGAUUCUGAAAAUGAAAACCGAAAAAUCGCGGUUCUCAAUGAUCGAAAAGGGCAACACACCUUGUUUGUGGCCAUAGAUUUACAGACUUUUUGUUGUAACUAAUUUGAAACUUCGAAAAUGUUGUAUCCUUCUAGACUGUACCAACUAUGACCAAAAAAAAAUUUAAAUGCCUUUUAUUGAGACGCAAAACAGAACUGUAACAAAACCGCGAAAAUUAACAUUAACCGCUAAGGAAAUUAAUUAAAACUGAAAAACCGCAAAGAUCAAGAGCUUAGGACUGCAAAACUGAAAAAUCCAACUCUCAAUUAACUUUUUUUCUUUCAGGGUCGGAGAGCUAUUUAACAGGUCGGAAUUUUUUUCCAGCAAAUUGAGGGUCCGAAAGCGCUUUUCCUACAUAAUUCGAGGUAUUGUGAUUCACAUGUAGCGUUAAAAAAGUUGGGAUUCUUUCUGGUCUUUUGAGGGCCCUGAUGUUCGUAAAAUGGUAACUGGGAUUUGCCAAAAGAUAUGAUUUCCUGGAUUUGCUUAUUUUUUUGACUGGAAAAAUGAAGUUGAGUUCACUAGGACUAGGAUUGGUUUGUUUGUUUGUUUGCCUCUGCCCACUGGGACAAACUAUAGGGACAGUAAGAUCAGAAAAAAAGUAAGCCUGGGAAUAUGGGAUUUGUCAUAUCAACUACAAAGAAAAUGGAAGAAAAUUUAGCUUUCCUUGAGACUUGAUCCAAUACUGUGUUGCGUUUUUUCAAGGCAUGUGAAUAACUUAACUUUAAAUUUCGUUUCAUUACAGGACGGGACGGCCGCGAUGGAAAGGAUGGCCCAGCAGGUCCACCAGGAUUGCCUGGAAAACCAGGGAUACCAGGCAACCCUGGAUUACCUGGUGUUGGGUCCCCUGGGAAAGCUGGGCCGCCUGGUAAGGAAGGUCCACCUGGCAAAUCUGGUGCAAAAGGUACUCAUCUUUGAUUAACUUUAUAUUUCUUUAACAGAGAGAAAAUGAGCAGUAAAUGUUAUCUUCACAGGGUUUAUCUAGGCAAGAACAAUUGAAGGAGACAUUUCCCAAAAAUCUUUCAACCUUGUAUUUCUUACUACUCACAGGAGAUGCUGGUAAGCCGGGCGUUAACAGACCUUUUCCAGGCCCUCCAGGUCCCAAAGGAGAGAGAGGUUCUGCUGGAAGUCCUGGGUUGAAAGGGCCUCAAGGACCAAAAGGCGAAAAGGGAAAGGAAGGAGCUGGGAAGUCUGGAGUGAAAUAUGUUCGUUGGGGAAGGACCACUUGUCCAGGAGGUGCUGAGGUGGUUUACAAAGGUAUGUCGACUCAGUCUUUUACAUAUUAAAACAUUUUUCUUUACGAUCUGAUUCAUGAAAAAUAAAAAGAUAAAUAAAUAAAUAAAUAAACAAUUUUUUUUCUCCACAGUUAUGCUUCAAAUUAAUUCUGCCAUUGUGCUUAAUACUUUGUAGGUAGAAUUGGUGGAGAACGUCACAAUCAUCAAGGUGGUGGAGCUAACUACCUUUGCCUUCCACACAAUCCCAAGUAUGACAGGUACAGCGAUGGCGAUCAGUACUCAGCAUACAUGUACGGAACCGAGUAUGAGGUCCCUCAGUACAAUGGAAACCCUUUCAAAAGAAAUCUCUAUAGACACGACGCACCUUGUGUUGUCUGCUUUGUCAAAUUACGUGGUUCAUUGUUGAUGAUGCCCGCAAGGAAUGACUGUCCAUCUGGAUGGACCGAGGAGUAUCACGGGUACCUGAUGACUGAAUUUCACAACCACCCGAACCAAAAAGAUUUCGUCUGUGUGGACAAAGACCCAGAGUAUGUUCCUGGUAGCCACGCCGGCCGAAGGGAAGCUUUGUUGUACCCUGUAGAAGGUGUUUGCGGCUCACUACCGUGUCUUCCUUAUGUUCAGCAUCGAGAACUGACAUGCGCUGUGUGCACAAAAUAG